GCGGACUCGUCCUGAAAAGUCCGGAGCUUCCCGUGUUGAGGCGCAGGGAGUAUCGGAGGAGAGCGGCGGCUGCAGCAAAUGUCUGGUCUCUGAGUUGGUGAAGUCCUCCACCUGCACUGCUAUGACAGCUGCGCAUCCAGUGUUGGGUGUGCCAAACAUCUCCAGAGUCAGAUUUGAGCUUUGUACCAGCAUAAGUGUGGGCGCGGAUGACUUGACUUUAUUGUAUAACCAUCACUCACCACAAUUCUCUUAGUGUGUUUUUUUCUUUUCUUUUCUUUUUCCCCCAGACCAGAUGUUUUGGGGAGUCUCACAGCUGCUGUUGCGGAUGCCCAGUGACUGUAAUUAUUUUUUAGUUUUAGUUUUUGCUGAUGUAGUGCUGGUCAGGAGGCUGAGGCUGAAGUUGAAGUGCCGCUCUUGAAGGCGUGAGCUCCAAAUGCAUUCGCUCCUGGGCCGGGAGAAGAAAGAAGAAGAAGCAGGGUUUGGGAUUGAUCUGACUCUGUCUCCGGGCUUUCUGCCCCAAGCUGCUACCAUGUUCAGCUGUGUGGGCUGCUUCUGGGUGCUCCUGUCCUCCGUUCUGGUCGCCGUCUGCAGUUUCAGCUUCAUAUCCCCUGCUUGGAUUGUUAAGGAUCAGCUAAGGAGCAACCAGCAUCACCACCAGCACAACAACAAGGACUCCGUGAGCUUCGGCUUGCUGUGGCACUGCUCGGAGUCUCUGGAUCACAUGUACCGGUGCUACACCUUCGGGGGACUAGGCAAAUUUGCAGAGAUCCCCUCCAGCUCCUGGCAGACGAGUGCGGUGCUGUGUUCGGGAGGCUGUGCUCUGCUGGCUGUCAGCUCCCUGUUGGCCAUCAUCACCAUCUUCCUGCCCAGUGGAGGAUGUGAGAGAAGGAUCUGCACCCUGGCUGGAUACAUGCAAAUGGCUGCAGUGUUCAUCAUGGCGACCGGACUGCUGGUGUACCCUUUCGGCCUGAACUCCACACUGGUCCGGUCCUUCUGCGGAGACUCUGACAUCUACUACGCUGGCGAGUGCCAGAUCGGCUGGGGCUACAUGCUGGCUAUAGUGGGAGUCAUGCUCACCGUCUUCUUGCCCUUUUUUGCUAAAUAUGCACCGAAGGAGCAGCUGUCCCCUACCCCGCUGCCCACGCUCUUAUAGUUAUGUCUUGUUUUUCUUCUCCUCUUCCUGACGAUCCUCUCUAAUCUGGGCUUAAUGUCACACGAAGACACCUGCAUCGUGUUUUUUUGUUGUUGUUUUUUUUGUUUUAAAGACGAUGCUGCUUGGGAAGCCCCCUCUGAGCAAGAACUAAAGCUGACGGCAGAAACAAGAAAACAAACCGUCUUCCUGCAUCUCUUCGUUAUUAAUCCAGUCAAUUUAAACGGGAAGUUUUCUGCUGUAACAAUACUCUGCGGUUACGAUUAGUGUUUUCCACUUCGACACAUCUGUUUUCUUCCCGGCAGGUUUGGAGAUGAAGCAGUCAGAAGAUGCAAAGACUGAUGAAACUGAGAAAAUGACUGCAAACAUAACAAAUAUGAAAAAUAUUAGGAUUUCCUUUCCUUUCUUUUUUUUAUGGUAAGAAACAAGUCAGCGUACAGUAUGUAACAUUCCAAUGCAGACUGGAAGCAUGAAAAUAAGGGGCGGUAUAACUCAAGCAAUCGAAUAAUAUUUCACUAAGAGGUUUUCAGAAACAUUACAUUUUGAAAACAGAGCCAACAUGAUCAAUCAAGUGAAAAAAAUCCACACGUCAGGACCUGCGUGUCUGGGUGUUUAGACUGUAAAUACGUUGUGGAUUUAACCGAGCUGAUGUUUGAGCUUUCAGAACAACACUUUAAUGAGAGAACGCUGAGGCUUUGAAGGAUUUUUUUUUCUCCUCAGACUUUUUCUGCCUCCCGGUUUUUAUGACCAGGCUAGCGAACCAGUGGGUGACGAGGAGACGUCACAGCUUUCGAAGACAUCGCUUUUUAGUAGCUGCUGCAAAGAACAGGACAAAACACACAGCACCAGACCUGCUGUGAGGACGAAUGGAAAACUGUCUCUUCAAAGAGGCGACUCGUGAUGACUAACGAGUAGCUGUUUCAGAAUGGUGUUGUGAUUAAAAAAAAAAAAGAUAAGAUACUGCAUCCCUUUUUGUUAAUGUUUUUCCCCUCAGAUCUAUUUCGUGUAAUGUAACUCGCUCGUUUUGUUCCGUCUUACAACACACAAAAACGAAAACAUUUUAAUUCAGGAACAAAAUUAUUGCAAAAGGCAAGGCCGUGCAGGAAUUGUCUCUAAAGAUGCAUGAUAAGAUGGGCUUCGUCAACGGUGGGACUGAUCUAGAUUUUAAACAUGAUCUGACCAACUUGUGCCUUUUAACAUAACCAAGACAAGUGUUUAAUACGAUUAUCAGGUAAUCAUCUUUUUUCUGCUGAAAAAUGUUGGAUCCUGUUGUCUGAUGUUAUUUCUUAUUCUAAUUUUUUCCCCCCUCACAGCGUUACUCCUGUACUUGAUGCAGUAUGAUCUCAUUAACUUGAGAAAAUGUUCUGGUGGAAAAAAAAGAUGUCACUGAAUCCUUGGAGAUAAUAAGAGAGAGAAGAGGGAGGGGAGGAAAAAAAAGGAAAAGCAGUGUACUUAUGCCCUGAGACGUUUUUGCCAAUUAUCUGGAAGCGAUAAAUCACUUGAAUUGCUGUAUUAAGAGGUUGUGACAUGCAGCUAACAGAUUAAUUCCUGGCAUCCUUGUAUUAUGUGAUUUAAAAUAAAUUUUGAGUGGUGGAGGAGGGAGCUGUACAAACUGAACUUUGGUUAUCUCUGCAGAGCUCAUGUGAAAACGUGGCUUAAAAUAAUUCCCUCCCUUAAAUAAGCUAAUGUGUUGGUGUGUUUUUAUCAAUCCAUUCCUCCUUUUAAGCGUUGGCACCAUUUCUGUCAUGUUGCAAGGACAACAUUUCUCCGCAUCCUGUCCCCGUACACUGCCAGCUUCAUCAAGCUAGACUCCCUUUUCUAGUGGGUGUUUGUGCGUAUUCGUGUUUAAUAUUGGGUUGGAGUUUGAUAAUGGAUUCAACUUUUGAAAUAAUUCCCAAAUUUGGGUUCCCGUAAAGACAUGAAGAAAAUUACUGUGAUUUUGUUGCCAUAUUCAAAAGAUCAGGAGCCAUCUGUUGGUAUUGUAUUGGACCUUAUACUGUGCUCGACUGUGUGGGAAUGACUGGCGUGACUGCACUGGACUUAUUCCCCUCUUUGUUGAACCGUUGUGUGUAAAGUCUCGGCACUGGUGAAACUGUUUUUGCUAGAGUAGAAUUUCUUGUUUUUUUCCAUUGUGAUGUUUGACUGUAAAUAAACUAACUGUACUUGA